ACCUUCUACCGGGGCAUCAGCCGGGUGGUCCUCUUCACGCACCCCCGCAAGGAGGAGAGCGCGCCGCACCUGAAGGAGGUGGUGCGGGAGAUGAUCCAGCAAGCGCAGAAGAUUAUUGCAGUGGUCAUGGAUGUAUUUACAGACCGGGAUAUCUUUCGCGAUAUUGUUGAUGCAGCAUAUAAGCGCUGGAUCCCAGUCUAUAUAAUCUUAGAUGAGGAGGGUGUGAAGCUCUUCCUGGAAAUGUGCAGAAGCCUUGACCUCAGUGACCUGCAGAUCCGGAAUAUCCGCAUACGUUCUGUGACAGGAGUUGGGUUCUACAUGCCAGCAGGGAAGAUCAGAGGCACACUGGCAUCCCGAUUCCUGAUGGUGGAUGGUGAAAAGGUGGCCACUGGAUCAUACAGCUUCACAUGGAGUUCAUCCCACAUUGACAGAAACAUCCUGCUCGUCUUGACAGGACAGCACGUGGAGAUGUUUGAUAUUGAGUUUCGUGAGCUCUAUGCCAUCUCGGAGGAAGUUAAUUUCUACAAGGAACUGGGUAUCGCUAACCCAUUCCUUCUUGGAAUUGGAAAGCCAGGCUUUCAUUCCUCCACUGUGGCUCGGAAGUUCAUUAACCCCAAGUAUGGUUUAGUGGCAGGGGCAACCCGUGGUGAUAUGAUGCUCUGGGCUUCACGACACAGGCAAGAUUAUCAGGGGAACAUGGAAAAGGAGGAAACAAGCGAGUCAAAGAAACGGUUAAAUCAGUUUCUGAAUGACUUAGUCACACUGGAGCAAGAGUUACCAGAAAUUGAUCCCCCUCUGGAAAACUUGAACAAGCUCAAUCGGAGCCCUCAGAAACUGUUCUCCCGGCUCCAUAUGGACCUGAAAAAUAAAUCCAAAUCUAGAGAGUCUAUUCGUGAUGUGAAGAAAGAAGAUGUACAAGCCAAUUCAAAGCAAGGAAAGCGAUUUGCCAGUGGGCUUUUCAGUCGCAAGGCCAAACGGUCUCCAGGCUCAAGCAUCGAGGCGAAUUCUUUUGCCAGUGAAGGACACUCAGGGGAAGACCUUGGGAACAUGAAACUGGAAUAUGAGCAGCUCAGCAUUGGCCAUGCCAGUGUUCGGAGCACUGGAGGCAUCUCAGGUAACCUGAGUCCAAACUCCACUACGAGCGAUAAAAACAAACAAUCUGCUUGUGUGUUAUCUUGA